UUCCUUUAUACAUUCUACAUACACUGUUUAGGCCAACAUAACGGAGAGAGAAACGAUGGUUCUCACUCGCACACAUCUUCUGUGUGACAAGGAAAGUAAAACUCUUGUAAGAGAGAGAAAACAUAAUAUGUACAGAUAAUUGAUGAUUUGAGAUCUAGCGGUUAAUAAUAGUAUGAAUUAUGUUAGCUUACAGAUUUUUGUGUUAUGCUGCAUCCAUUAGUUUAAUAUCAAUGGUAAUAAAUAAUAAUAAUGUGGCGAUAACAAUAACACAGUGCUAUCAACAUAAUAACAACCAUACAGCACUAACAACCACGAUUUAAGAUAUACAGGUUAAACAUCGGCCUAUAACGAAUAGUGCUUUAUGAUGACUGGUGAACCGUCAUUUUGAAACAGCUGAGGCCCCCGAUCACUAGCGCUCGUUGUGGUUUAAAUAUAUUAAUAUCAUUAUUCAUUAUCUUAAUCAGUUUCGCGUACUAAACCCCGGGUAAAAUUUACCGCGUUUUUUUGCAUUUCUUUCAUGAUAUGCUAACAUGAAUAAAAAUUAAAAUAUAAUAUUUCAUUAUUAUAUAGGUAUAUUAUACUGAUUUAAUUCAUGGCGAUAUGAAUUAUGAGAUAUCUUAAAUCCUGAUUAUAUUCUACAUAAUAUCAUAUGGUACAUUCAUAAUGUAUAUUCAUUAUUAAUUUAGUUAUUUAAAAGUCCAGCUUUUUAAAAUAGCUUCUUACAAAAUGGUUAAGAUGUGUUGUGUUCCGUAUUGUAACGAGAUAAGUAAAAGCAAAUUUAAUGUUCCAAAAAACAACGAGCUAAGAAGUUUAUGGGAAAAAUCUUUGAAUUUAAAAUUAAAACCAACUUCGAAAGUUUGUGAGAAACAUUUUGAUGUAAAUGACGUUAUAAAAACAUGGGAAUCUGGGAAAGGAUUCAGCAAGUAUACGAUAUGUUUGAAAAUACCAAAACUUAGACCUGGUGCUAUUCCUAAACUUACAGUGGUAAAUGAAACUAUUAAUGAUGUUUUACAAAAUGCAGUCUUAGAUAUUUAUCCGCCUAAAAAGAGAAAG